GAACACUCCUACCCGGCUACACCGCCGCCUCGCCUCGCAUCUUACUCUCUCGCACCCUCGCGCACCCACGCAACCCUAAUAAACCCCUCCCUCCCUCGCGCCGCCGCCGUCUCCAUCCCCACUUCCAGAUCCCCGCCUCCGACCCCGACGGCCCCACGUCGCCUCCCCCCGCGCGCGUUGCCGGCGAUCUACAGGAGUAGAUCGCCGCCACAGAACCCUCGCUGCGACCAUGGCGACCUUCGCGAAACCCGAGAACGCCCUGAAGAGAGCUGAAGAGUUGAUUCAUGUUGGGCAAAAGCAGGCGGCACUGCAGGCUUUACAUGAUCUCAUUACCUCGAAAAGGUACAGGUCAUGGCAAAAGCCUCUCGAGAAGAUCAUGAUGAAGUAUGUAGAGAUAUGUGUUGACCUGAGGAAAGGCAGAUUUGCGAAAGAUGGCCUUAUUCAGUAUAGAAUUGUCUGCCAGCAAGUAAAUGUGUCUUCCUUGGAAGAUGUCAUCAAGCAUUUUAUGCAGCUUUCCAAUGAGAAAGCUGAACAAGCUAAGAGCCAGGCAGAAGCUCUGGAAGAUGCUCUGGAUGUUGAAGAUCUGGAGGCAGAUAAGCGUCCUGAGGACCUGAUGCUCAGUUUUGUUAGUGGGGAGAAAGGAAAGGACCGAUCGGACAAAGAAGUUGUUACUCCAUGGUUCAAGUUCCUCUGGGAGACAUACCGGACGGUGCUUGAGAUACUAAGGAACAAUUCAAAGCUUGAAGCCUUGUAUGCUAUGACUGCUCAUAGGGCUUUUCAGUUUUGUAAGCAGUAUAAGAGAACAACUGAAUUCCGUAGGUUGUGUGAGAUUAUCAGAAACCAUCUUGCCAAUCUCAACAAGUAUCGUGAUCAAAGAGAUCGUCCUGAUCUGACUGCACCUGAAAGCUUACAACUGUAUCUUGAUACACGGGUCGAACAACUUAAAGUUGCGACAGAGCUUUCCCUUUGGCAGGAAGCCUUCCGAUCAGUGGAGGAUAUCCAUGGUUUGAUGAGUAUGGUCAAGAAAAUGCCAAAACCUUCUGUUUUGGUUGUAUAUUAUGCCAAGUUAACUGAAAUUUUUUGGAUAUCUGAUAGCCACCUUUAUCAUGCAUAUGCAUGGCUCAAGCUUUUCAACUUGCAAAAGAGCUACAAUAAGAACUUGUCUCAGAAGGACCUACAAUUAAUAGCAUCUUCUGUCUUACUCGCUGCGCUAUCUGUGGCACCUUAUGACCAGAAGUAUGGUGCAUCUCAUCUUGAGACUGAAAAUGAGAAGGAACGUAACUUGAGGAUGGUCAAUCUUGUCAAUUUUUCACUUGAUUCCAAGCGUGAAAAUCGAGAAUUGCCUUCAAGAGCAUCUCUUCUAUCAGAGUUGGUGUCAAAAGGGGUGCUUUCAUGUGCUUCACAAGAAGUGCGAGAUCUGUACAACCUUUUGGAACAUGAGUUUCUACCUCUGGACCUUGCAUCGAAGGUGCAGCCACUUCUUUCAAAGAUUACAAAGAUUGGAGGGAAGCUUUCAUCAGCUUCUUCCGUUCCAGAGGUUAAGUUAUCUCAGUACAUUUCUGCAUUGGAGAAGCUGACAACACUGAGAGUGCUGCAACAGGUGUCGCAGAUUUUCCAGUCCAUGAAAAUCGAUAUGCUCUCAAGAAUGAUCCCGUUCUUUGAUUUUUCUGUUGUGGAGAAGAUUUCUGUUGAUGCUGUGAAACGCAAUUUUGUUGCAAUAAAAGUUAAUCAUUUAUCAGGAGCUGUUCAUUUUGGUACUGUGGAUAUCGAAUCUGAUGGAUUAAGUGAACACCUCAGCAUUCUGGCUGAUUCUUUAAAUAAGGCAAGGAAUCAAAUUCGUCCACCAGUUAAAAAGCCAUCUAAACUCGGUGAAAGUCUCAGUAAUUUAGCUGGAAUAGUGGAGAAUGAGCACAGGAGGCUUCUUGCAAGAAAAUCCAUCAUUGAGAAGCGUAAAGAAGACCUUGAACGCCAAAUAUUGGAGAAGGAAAAAGAGGAGGAAUCAAAGAGAGUCAGUAUGCAGAUAAAAACUGCAAAUGAUGAAAGGAUUAGACUCCUCCAAGAACAAAAACAGAGGGAGCAGGAGAGGAUUCGUAGAGAAAUAGAGGAAAAAAAUAAAGCAGAAGCAAGAAAGUUACUAGAAGACUUGACAAAGAAAGCAGGGAAAAAGCAUGUUGUUGUUGAAGGGGAGCUUACCAAGGAGGCCAUCAUGGAAUUGGCAUUGAGUGAACAGUUGAAGGAGCGUCAGGGAAUGGAGAAAAAACUGCAGAAGCUUGCAAAAACAAUGGAUUAUCUGGAAAGAGCGAAAAGGCAGGAAGAGGCACCAUUGAUCGAGCAAGCUUUCCAAAAACGCCUUGAGGAAGAGAAGAUCCUUCACGAGCAAGAGCAGCUGCGGGAGAUUGAACUCAGCAAACAACACCAUGCGGGUGACUUGCAAGAGAAAAAUAGACUUUCUCGAAUGUUGGAACACAAGAAUGCUUUCCAGGAAAGAAUCGUGCAGCGUCGUGAAGCUGAGUUUGGGCGUCUGAAGAAAGAGAGAGACGAACGGAUCAGCCAGUUAAUAUCAUCAAGAAAGCGUGAAAGGGAGACAGUUAGGAAAUUGAUGUAUUAUCUGAACCUGGAGGAACAGAGGAUUGAAAGGCAACGUGAGGAGGAGGAAGCUAGGAAACGUGAAGAGGAAGAAAAGAGGAAGAGAGAAGAGGCUGAGAGGAAAGCUAAGCUUGAUGCUAUUGCAGAAAAACAGCGACAGAGAGAGAGAGAGUUAGAAGAAAAGGAAAAGGCGCGGAAGGAACAGCUCUUAAGAAGAUCUGAGGCUACACGUGUUACUGAGGCUGCCCCUGUUGCACAGCCACCUCGCGAGGCAGCAGCCCCUGCUGUACCCGUAGCUGCCGCCGCCAUCGCUCCAGCUUCUGGCAAAUAUGUUCCCAAGUUUAAACGUGGCAGCGAUAGCAGCAGCAGCAGCAGCAGCAGUGCUGGUGGCAGCCAGAGACCAGCUGAUGUGCGUACACGAGAUGAGGACCGUUGGGGUCCCCGUGAAGAGCGCGCUCGCCCUGAUGUGCGUCCGCUCCGCCAAGAUGGCCCUCCUGCACAACAAGACGCACCCCCAGCUCGCCCGGAUGGCCCUCCUCCAGCUACUGACCGUUGGCGUGGAUCAAGAUUUUCCUCCAGCUCUUCAUCCUCUUCAUCCACCUGGGGGAGGCCACGGAACUGAUGCUCCCUGCUGGAGAUUUUUGCCAUCCGUCACUUCGGUGCACAAAUGUCUGCUAGAGAUCUAAAGGAACAUGGUUACUUGAAUUUGUUUUUAUUGCGCUGACUGUACCUAAAAUUUUGGAGCUAGUCUGUUAGGGCUAUGGCACCUUUCCAAGUCCAUGUUUGACGUUCCAAGUUGCAGCACUCCAAGCAUAUUCUGUCGUUAUUUGUUAGUAAUACUUGAACCUUUGUUUUUGUUGGUGCACACCUUUGUCCGGCCCUAGCUAAAUGCAAUCACUGUUUUCCUGCUGCCUUGGGGAAUGCCA